AAAUCCUUCAUCUCAUCAACAAUUUUUCAUUACCAUUCCAUUAUGAUUACGAACCUUAAAUCAAUCACUUUAACCCUAAUUUGGGCCACUUUCUUUCUCCUAUUUUCCCUCCCAACUCCCUCACUUCAACAGUCCCAACGACAAACACAAGCACAAGGCAGCAAUAUUAGACUCCAUAAUGCCUUCAUUGCCCUCCAAGCAUGGAAAAAAGCAAUAACUUCCGACCCCAAUGGCUUCACUUCUAAUUGGAAAGGCCAUGAUGUGUGCACCUACAAGGGCAUCUAUUGCGCACCAGCACCCGACGACGCUCACGUUAAGACCGUCGCCGGAAUCGAUCUCAACCAUGCCAACAUCUCUGGCACGCUUCCAAACGAGCUCGGCCUCUUGACCGACCUCGCAGUCCUCCACCUUAACUCGAACCGCUUCUUUGGAACCAUCCCUACAUCUUUUUCUCAUCUCAAGCUUCUCUAUGAGCUUGAUAUAAGUAACAAUUUAUUUUGUGGUAAAUUCCCUUCUGUUAUCCUCUGUCUCACUUCCCUCAAGUUCCUUGAUAUUCGAUACAAUCAUUUCGAGGGUUCCAUCCCUGACAAGGUCUUUGACUUGAGACUCGACGCACUUUUUUUAAACAACAACAAUUUUUCAUCUACCAUUCCUAAGAACAUCGGAUCCUCAACCGUUUCCGUGCUCGUCUUGGCGAAUAACAACCUCAACGGGUGUUUCCCACAUGAAAUUACCAAUAUGGGAAGGACUCUUCAUGAGAUUAUUCUCACCAAUGCAGGGCUAAAGGGGUGUUUGCCUUCGAGUGUUGGGGAGUUGAAGCAAGCCACCGUUUUUGACGUAAGUUUUAACGAUUUAACAGGGACGUUGCCUGACAGUAUAGGAAAAAUGGAGAGUUUGGAACAGCUAAAUGUUGCACAUAAUAAGUUUUAUGGAGAAAUUCCUGCUAGUAUUUGUUGUUUGCCUAGCUUGGAGAAUUUUACUUAUUCUCAUAAUUAUUUUUGUGGAGAACCAAUUCAGUGUUUGAGACUGCCAGAUAAAGAUGAUAGUUUUAAUUGUCUCCCUUUUAGGCAAGGGCAACGGUCUCUUGAGGAGUGUAAGGCCUUCAUUUCUUACCCUCCAAAUUGUAACACCUUUGGAUGCCAAGGAAGUCCGCCACCACCGCCGCCACCUCCUCCACCACCACCACCACCACCUCCACCACCACCACCGCCACCACCACCUCCACCACCUCCGCCACCGCCACCACCCCCACUGCCUCCGCCACCGCCAUCGAAACAUAAUAUUCAGCAUGAUUACGUACCCAUACCAUAUAUUCACAUUCCUUAGAAUUGUGUUUUUGCACACAAGUUAUAUCAUGUUGUCCAGCUACGUACUUUGAUCAGCUUGGUUACGUUGGUGAGAAAAGUCGGCUUACACCAUUUUAUAUAUUUUACUAAUUAUUUAAUUUGGCGAGAAAAACAAAAGGCUGGACCACUCCAAAAAAAAAAAAAAAGUAAAAGGGUGGUAGUGGAAUACAAUAAAAUGAAGAAGUCAAUGGUGGUUUGCAAAUACAAGUGAUUUUUUAUUUUUUAUUUUGGUUUCUUCGUAGAUGGAGUUGAUGUUGUAAGAGAAUAAUGUGAAUACAAGUACCAUGUAGCAAGAUAUUCCUCUAAUCAUUUUAUUUCGUUAUUGAUGUUUUGCUUGGA